AUGUGCCUGGAAUGGCAUGCUGAGGGACCAGCUUCUGCCCGCUUCCACUCCUAUGACGUACUGCGCCCAGAAUCAAGAAUUACAUGGCUCUUUCAGAAAACCGGACCGAACCUUCUGCAAGGUGGAGAACAAGCAAACAAGCAUGAAAGCAUUAUUGUUUCUUUCACUUGUGAUACAGGCAACUGGCUUUCAGUUUUGAGCAUCAUCUUAUUAACUCAUGCAGCUCUUGGAUGCCCCGAAAAAUGUCUCUGCUAUCCAGCUUCAAAGACUGCAGACUGCAAGAAUAGAGGACUUACUGAAAUUCCUACCCAUUUACCUCCUGAAAUUCAGAUAUUACAAUUGCAGAAUAACCGUAUUUGGAAAAUCAAUCGAAAUGCAUUCACUGGAACACCGAUGCUCAAAAUCUUAGACUUGUCUAACAAUUCCCUCUCAAGUUUGGCACCAGGUGCUUUCCAAAAAUUAAAAUACUUACAGGUUCUAAACCUAACUAGGAAUUUAAUCCAUUUUAUAGAAAACACGACUUUCAGUUUCCUCCCACACCUAAAAGAACUGGACUUGUCAUCCAACAGCAUAAUACGCUUGCCUGAGACUUUGGGAAACAGUACAGGGAAUAUAACGCUAUUAUCUGUGAAGCACAACAAACUUCAGAAAAUGGACAGAGUUCUGCUGGAGUCUCUUCCAAACCUGAAAGUGGUUCUCUUCAAAGAUAAUCCCUGGCAAUGUAACUGUAAUGUCUUUGGCCUAAAGCUUUGGCUGGAGAGCUUUCUCUACAGAGGAGGAAUAAGCGAUGGCAUUAUCUGCUCGACACCAGGGAUUCGGAAGGGCAAAGACCUCCUCAAAGUUCCCUACGAGCUCUUUGGGGCAUGCCCUCUUACAACAGCUCACGUGCAUCUGGCCAGCGUUCAUCACCAUAACUUUGAGCACAGAAGCUCUCUGAAGCACGCUCAUCACAGCGAACACGGGGAAAACAGCCGUCCAAACUGUGAACCUAAACCAAAGCCAAGGCCUGUUAGUUUGCGUCAUGCAAUUGCCACUGUAGUAAUAACCGGAGUUGUCUGUGGAAUCGUGUGUCUAAUGAUGUUGGCAGCUGCUGUUUAUGGUUGUGCCUAUGCUGCAAUUACUGCUAAAUACCACAGAGAACACUUGGCCCCAGCAAGACAGCAUGGGACUCCUGAGGAAAAAGAGCCAUUUGAUAGUUCCUUGGCUUGA